CGGGCCCCGCCCGUUCCGGCGCGAGCGGCCCGCGUGUGUCCGCGCGGCCCUGAGAAGCGGGAGUGACCCCGGGCCGGGCCCCCGGAGCCGCCCAAGCCAUGUCGGCCGCCUUCAGGAAAGCCGCCAAGGCGCGGCAGCGCCCGCACCGCGAGCGGGCCCAGCCCGCCUCUCGGACGAAGCUCGGCUUGCUGGAGAAGAAAAAGGAUUACCGACUCCGCGCGCAGGACUACCACAAGAAGCAGAAUGCUCUCAGGGCGCUGCAGAAGAAAGCUCUGGACAAGAACCCCGAUGAGUUCUACUUCAAAAUGAUACGUGCAGAGCUCAAAGAUGGAGUCCAUGUAAUAAAGCAGCCAAAGGAUGAAGUAACCCCGGAGCAGGUGAAAUUGAUGAGGACGCAGGAUAUUAAAUAUGUAGAAAUGAAAAGAGUGGCAGAAGCCAAGAAAAUCGAGCGGCUGAAGGCAGAGCUCCACCUGCUGGACGCGGCGGGAAGCGCCCCGGCCCGGCACCUUUUCUUCGUGGACACUGAGCGCGAAGUCCAGGAGUUUGAUAUUGCCACUCAGCUGGACACUCUUCCCGAGCUCAUAGACAGAGUGUACAACCGACCAACCAUUGCAACGCUGCAGAGAGAGACACUAAAGGGAGCUACUGAUCCUGCCCACCUAAAGAAAUUAGCCCAGCAGAGGAAGAACCAGUAUGACCUCCUGAGGCAGCGCAUUGAGAGGGAGAAGGCCAUGUUUGUCAUCUCACAGAAAAUUCAGACACGGAAAGAUCUUCUGGACAAAACUCAUAAAGUAAAGGUGAAGAAAGAGACAACAACUGGUCCAGCUAUUUACAAAUUCAAGUUUCAGCGGAAGCGUUAGCCAUUCCAUCGAAUAAUUGUUACAGUCUUCGGUCAGAAAGGAGAAGGCUUUCCCCUUGCAGGAGGGCUGGUGCCAGCCUGCUUUUCCCUGCAGCCCAGCAGUUUGUUCAAACAAAUUACUGUGGGCCUGUGGUAGCCGUAAUGUGUUGUAUCCAACUAACUGAUUAAUAAAUCAGAGCUUGUUCUCUUCGUA